AUGUACAACACGGAGAUGCCAAACUAUCCGCUACCCUACGGAGAGGACAACGCCGACCUGUCCAACUUCAACGACUGGGGCCACUUUUCACAGAUAGUGUGGAAAGACACGCGUGAGGUUGGCUGCGCGACCCAAUAUUGCCCGGUCGGAUUGGCAAAUACCGGGUCUGGCACCAGCCCGUACUUCACAGUUUGCAACUAUAGCCCAGCUGGUAUGACUCCUGUCCACCUCAUUCGUGCCAAAGUGUACUGA